GCACCCAUUACUCCAACAUCGAGGCCAAUGAGAGUGAGGAGGUCCGGCAGUUCCGGAGGCUCUUUGCCCAGCUGGCUGGGGAUGACAUGGAGGUCAGUGCCACAGAACUCAUGAACAUUCUCAACAAAGUCGUGACCCGACAUCCUAAUCUGAAGACUGAUGGUUUUGGCAUUGACACAUGUCGCAGCAUGGUGGCCGUUAUGGAUAGUGACAUGACCGGCAAGCUGGGCUUCGAGGAAUUCACGAACUUGUGGAACAAAAAGUGGCAGGCCAUAUACAAACAGUUUGACAUUGACUGUUCAGGGACCAUUGGCAGCAGUGAACUCCCAGGGGCCUUUGACGCAGCAGGAUUCCGCCUGAAUGAGCAUCUCUACAACAUGAUCAUCCGACGCUACUCAGAUGAAGGAGGGAACACUGAUUUUGACAACUUCAUCAGCUGCCCGGUCAGACUGGAUGCGAUGUUCCGUGCCUUCAAAUCUCUUGACAAAGAUGGCACUGGACAAGUACAGGUGAACAUCCAGGAGUGGCUGCAGCUGACCAUGUAUUCCUGAACAGGAGUCCCAGACCUGCACCCUCAUCACCUCGCUGUAGGAGUCACCUUGGACUCUUCAGUCUCCCCUAGGCCUGAUCCUGUUUGCAGGCACAUCUUCAUGGCUCCUGCUGACCCACAGGCCUUUCUGUUCUCCCAGCCCUUGGCACCCGGAUUCUCAGUCAACAGCCAGGGCCCAACAUGCUUCAACACACCCUGCCCCAGCACGCCCAUCUCACAUCUACUCCAUAACCCCUCUCUUGCAUCUGUGCCAAGCCCAAUGUUUGUGUUGCUUGCACACCCCAAGGGCCCUUCUCUCAGUUCUGGGAGGAUCACUCCAGUCCCUACACACCCUGGCACACCCACUCAGUUACCACCCAGGCAGCUGAACUCCAGGCCAUAAAAGGUCACAUGCCCCAGUGCCUUUGUCUGUAUUCUGCUCCCAGCCUGCCAGGCCCAGGAGGAAAUAAAUGCACCCUAGUUGCUGCUCUCUCUGAAAAAAAAAAA